AUGUCGGUCAGUGCUCUCUCCAUGUACAAGAGCUGUCCGCCGGGUCUCACCUCCUCCAAUGGCACAGCUUGCAACACCGCCACGUGCAGCUCCCCCUUCGUCGCGCCAGACGCACGCACACCCAAGCCCACUGCCGACAAGCAGUGCAGCUCAUGCGACGCCGGCUUCGGGGGCAUCAACUGCAAUGUAUGCCAGUCGCCCGCCGCCUGUCAGGCACGCAAAUCGUCGCUCGGUCUCGGCUCCUCCUCCUCCCUCUUUGGCACCAACGACACGCUCGUGUGCCACAAGCAGCCCUCGGCCGUUCGCACCACCUACAUCGACUGCAACGUCAACCAGACCACAGUCAACGGCGUCUAUCCGGGCGAGCUGCGCAUGACCCUCUCCAAGACUUACCAGACCGACGACUUUGCCCGCACCGGCCUCGCCACCUGGUCCGAGCAGCCCAACACCGCCCUCUCCCAGGUAUGGCUCGACGGCGUGGAGCAGUUCUACUGCCAGGCGGCCGGAUGCACCGCCCGCAACUCGACAGAGACUCUCGACCCGCAAGCACGAUUCGGCAGCUCGCUCUGGACAUGCAACUCGCUCCAAUGCUACUGCAUCCCCGGCACGACCAUGUGCGGCAAGGGUCAGCUCGACCUCUCGCCCGUCAUCAACCAGCUCAACGGCACGCUCACCAUGCCUUGCGACUACCUCGACCCCACCAAUCCGACCGCCGCCUCCCACUGCGCCUUCCGUGGCGAGCUGCUCAACAACUUCCUCGGUCCAGAGGGUCUUCCGCUCGACCAGUGUCAGUUCGGCUCUUGCGUCACCCAGGCCGAGCUCGACACUUUUUGGGCCACCGGUUCGGGCGAGUCGAGUAGCAACGGCAGCGGCUCAGGACUCAGCAAUGCUGUCAUUGCCGGUCUUGUCAUCCUCGGCGUGGCAGUCGCCGCCAUCGCGGCGCUGCUCCUGAUCGGCCUCUGGCAACAGAGGAAGGCUAGGCGGCUGCCAAAGGGCGCCAUCGCCGAGCCGAUUGGCCUGCAGUGGCACAACCUAACCUAUGCCGUGCCAGACACCAGCGUCGGUCUGCGCAGGCGCAAGUCCACACCAAGCGCCGAGCAGCUCGCCGAGAUCGUGCCCUCCACGUCGUUCCACGCAUCGUCCGCUUCGGGUGGCGAUCUGACCGUGCUGCGCAACAGCUCGGGCCGUAUCGAGCCCGGCUGCAUGGUCGCCGUGCUAGGCCCUUCGGGCGCCGGUAAGACGAGUCUCGUCGAGAUCCUGGCAGGCCGCCACAAGAUCGGCCGCGUCUCGGGCGCCAUCCAAGCACUCGAUCCCGCCGCCACCGAGGCAUUCGAGGCGGGGCCAUCGCGACGCUCCAUCGGCUUUGUCGAUCAGGAAGACGCACUGCCUGCCUUCUCGACGGUGCGUGAGGCUCUGCAGAUGGCUGCCGACCUCUCGCUGCCGGACAACGUGUCGCCUGCCGAGAAGAGCGAGAUCGUCGGCACGACCAUUGCACAGCUUGAGCUGGAGCGCGUGGCCGACAAGCGCAUUGGCGAUUCUACCCGACGCGGCCUGUCGGGCGGCGAGCGAAGACGAGUGUCGAUUGGAUGUGCACUCGUCUCGCGCCCGCGUCUGCUCGUUGCCGACGAACCGCUUUCGGGCCUGGACGCCUUCUCCGCCUCACGCGUCGUGGCGGCGUUCCGCGAGCUGGCGCACGGCGCAGGUGCUGGCUCGACCACGGUCGUCGUCACGGUUCACCAGCCAUCGUCGGAGAUCUACUACAGCUUUGACCAGGUGAUGCUCAUGUCGCGCGGUGCGGUGCUGUACCAUGGCUCGCCGGCGGAUUCGCUCGAGUGGUGCCAGAAGAUGGGCGAAAGAUGUCCGCCGGGACACAACGUCGCCGACCACCUGCUCCGGAUCGCCUCGGCGCCGCACACGAGUACCGAGACACCGCUGCACGAAAAGUCGAGCAGUCUUUCGGACGGCGCUACCAGCGAUGCCGACAGGGGCUCGGUCGAGGCAGGCACACCGUGGGAGAAGGCGGUGGGUAGCGAGUCGAUGGCGUGCUUCAUGACGCAGUUCACCACGCUCUGUCGACGCAACUUCAUCACUGCGCGACGCGACCCCGGUGGAGCGCUGGCGCAUAUUGUGGGUGCGGUUGCAGUGGGUCUGAUUGUGGGCGGAUGCUUCUACAAGGUCAAGCUUACGAUCGCCGGGUUCCAGAACCGCGUAGGAUCGAUGUACUUUCUGUUCAUCCUUCUUUCGUUCUCGGCGCUGUCGGCAGCUACGGCGCUGGCCAAAGCACGUCCGCUCAUGAUGCGCGAACGUGCCAACGGCAUGUACGGCUCUCUGUCGUGGCUUGUCAGCUACCUCGUGUAUGAUCUGUCGCUGCUUCGGAUCGCCCCCGCGCUCAUCCUCAGCAUCAUCAUGUACUGGAUGGUUGGACUCCGCGCGCGUGCGAGCGCCUUUUUCGAAUUCGUCCUCAUCGCCGUACUCUUCGCCGUGGCCAUGGCGCUGUACAACAUGCUGCUGGCGGCGGUGGUGGAGGAUGUAUCCGUAAGCAUCCUGCUGGGCGGAUUGUUCAUCCUGUUCAACAUUGGAUUCGGCGGCUUCUUGCUCAACCUCAACGAGCUGCCGCAGGUGUUUAGAUGGCUCCAGUGGAUCUGUCCCAUGAAGUACGCGCUCGAGGCAGUGGCGAGUCACGAGCUCAGCGGACUCCAGCUCGUCGAUACCGUAGGCGGCGUGUCGAUCACGGCCAGCGUAUCCGUCUUCUCGGGCAACCUGUUUGCGUUCAAGGCCGACGCGUUCUAUAGGGACCUGCUCGUGCUUGCGCUGGGCUUUGUGCUGGGCUUGUUCAUCCUCCUGGCCUGCGCAGUCACCUGGAGGAUGCGCGAACGACGCUAG